GAUAUUCACUCCAGAAAUCAAGAUCAAGGUCGGGCUCGACGUAUAAAUGGGUUCCAUCAGGCCUUCUUCCGCCAUCAAUUCGCAUCCUAUCCUCCUUUUGAGCCGAGCUUCGAGUGAAGAGUCUGCCAAAAAAUUUCUAAAAUGCAUUCCGCCAUCGUUUUCGCUUCCCUUUUCGCCGUUGUGUGCGCCGGAGGAAUCCCGGGCAUUCCAACCGCCCACGGAAUCAUUCAAGGUGUCGCUGAUACCCCGGAAGUUGCCGCAGCUAAGGCUCAACACUACGCUGCUCACGCCGCCGCUCGAGGUGUUAUUGCCGCCUCAGUUCUCGGAUACGCUGCCGGACCAGCCCCCAUCUUGGCCCACGCUCACCACGGACACAUUGCUGGAAUCCCAACUGCUCAUGGAGUUAUCACCGGAGUUGCUGAUACCCCCGAAGUCGUUGCCGCUAAGGCUCAACAUUUCGCUGCCCACGCCGCUGCUCGAGGUCACGGUCACGUCAUCGCCGCUGCCCCAGUCGCUGCUGGAUUCGGUUAUGCCGCCCCAGUCUUGGCCCGCGCCGCCGUUCCAUUGGCCGGUAUCCCAACCGCUCACGGAACCAUCACCGGUGUCGCUGAUACCCCCGAAGUCGUCGCUGCUAAGGCUCAACAUUUCGCUGCCCACGCCGCCGCUCGAGGUCAUGGUCACAUCGUUGCCGCUGCUCCAGUUGCAAUUGCCGCCAGCUACGGGUACGCCGCCGCUCCCCUCGUGACCCCAGCGCACAACAUCGCCGGGAUCCCAACCCCCUUCGGUACCAUCACCGGGGUUGCUGAAACUCCAGAAGUUGUUGCUGCCAAGGCGCAUCAUUUCGCCGCACACGCCCAAGCUUUGGCCCGAAACGGUUAAGCUGAACGAAACCUAUUUAUUCUCACUUAUCAACUAUUCAUCCUUCCCCUCUCAUCUUGAACCCUUUGUUUUUUGAGCUUAUCUAUUUUCACUUCUUUCCCUCUCAUUGUUUUCCAUUCUGAAAAAAACCUGAACUGUUUUUUUAUUUUUGUAAUGUUCCACAUAUAUGUGAAAUAAAAACAAAGAAUUCUUCUUCUCGCAAAAUAUA